AUGCCGUUUUUUCAAACUACCUCCCGAGACGACAGAAGAUUGAAGCCGGGCGAAACGAUAUGUCUGGCGUCGCGGCCUCAACCUGCCGAGGGCCAGUGCGCGCUAUUCCGCUUCAUCUCGUCCUCUGUCCGCCGUUUUUCCUCUCGUUCUGUUGCGCGUGCGCAACGCUUUACACUUGCGGAGGGGCCGCCAGCAUCUCGGACAAACCACCCCCCAAAGCGCAACAUCAAUGCCACCAAAUCGAUCACGGGGAUCCAGAUGAGGCCCUCAGAUGCGAGAAAAAAUCCAAAGCGUGCGAAUGCUCUCGCCAGAGGUGCGGAGUCGAACGUCAGCGGCACGAAGCAGACUGUCUGUGGUUACGAGACGGGACCCUUGAAGUGGAACGAGGAGGGCGCCACCGAGGGGUACGAGGCAGGAGGAGGCGGGCGCGAGGCGCGGCGUCAACAGCCUGAGGCGCGCGGCCAACAAUGGGAUCCGGAGGCCAUAAUCCAACAGCUCGGAGAAGAAUGUCAGUGGAGCCAAGUCCUAAUCCGGUUGAUGGAGGCCCGGCAUCACCGUGAUGAGGCCCGACGCCAGCGCGACGAGGCUCGACGCCAAGGGUACAAAGAAGCACUAUCUAGGGCUUAUGGCGUGACGAGAGGGUACUCUGCAAAAUCGUAG